CGACCUGGCACGAACUCGUCUGUCACUGUCAGGAUUUGUCUAGCGACGCGUUCCCUUACAGGGGUGUGCUGGGGGGAGUCUUCUUUCCGACUAUCGAAAUGGUUAUCAAAGUGUUUGUUGCCACAUCUUCUGGGUCCAUAGCGAUUAGGAAGAAACAGCAAGAAGUAGUGGGCUUUUUGGAAGCUAAUAAGAUCGACUUUAAGGAAUUGGAUAUAGCUGGAGAUGAAGACAAUAGGAGGUGGAUGAGAGAGAAUGUACCUGGAGAGAAAAAACCCCAAAAUGGGAUUCCUUUGCCUCCCCAGAUCUUCAAUGAAGAGCAAUAUUGUGGGGAUUUCGACUCUUUCUUCUCUGCAAAAGAAGAGAAUAUUAUUUAUUCGUUCCUUGGUUUGGCGCCUCCUCCAGGCUCAAAGGUGACAAAAUCACCUGAGGAAGCAGCAUCCCUUCCCAAUGGCGAUGUAGAGGGAGAGGCACCAAGUUCCACAGAGGGAACAGAGAAAACUGAAGAAGGUGGAGAAAAUGAGGCACAAAAAGAAGGCAAUGAAGAUGUGAGCAACCUCCCUGAAUCUGAAAAGAAUGAAGAAGAGGGAGAGAAAGCAACGGAAGAGACGGAAGAAAUAACAGAGGAGGGAGCAGAAGGGGAGGCAGAAGCAGAGGAAGCUGAAGAAGAAGAGGAUCCAGGAGAAGAAGGGGAAGAUUCUUAGGCCGUUCCGUGCUGAAUUCCUUCCACUCUUCCAGAAAACCCAAGCAAUGAAGCAACAUUUCAAAUAUCUCCCCAUGAAACAAACUCAAAGAAAUACUUUGGCCUAAAGUUGUAAAUCUAGUACAACUCUCUGAGUACAACCGGGGUUCACAGAGGACUUGACUAUCUGAUGCGUUAGAUGUACAUGGAUAUGUCAAUGUAAUCAUAUCAAUACAAAAAUUAAAUAUGAAGAUAAUCUAUACAUAUCUUCCCAUGACAUUCUUGGCCUUGCUUAAUUUUUAUUUUUAUUUUACUCUGCAUGAAUAGAGCUCUCUGUGCUAAAAGAUGACUUCAAGGUGGAGAACUGCUCUGUGAUAC